CGCGAAGCAGGAGCAGUUCAGACAGCAGGUCGGUCGGUGUGCGGAGAGACGCAGAAAGUCCUGGCGAUAAAACAGCAGACCUGAACCUUUGGUUUCCGCGGCGGCGGUUUCUUCUCUUGUGGACUAACGUUAAGGGAAGUUUUAUUCAACAGUACGGACCCACAGAAAGGCUGUCCACCAUGUCGGGGAGCAGGGAGGAGGAGAGGAGGAAACUGGCCGACAUCAUCAACCACUGGAACGCCAACCGGCUCGACCUGUUCGAGAUCAGCCGACCCACAGAGGACCUGGAGUUCCAUGGGGUGAUGAGGUUCUACUUCCAGGACCGGGUCGCCGGUAACUUUGCCACCAAGUGCAUCAGAGUUUCCAGUACAGCGACAACGCAGGACGUCAUUGAGACGUUAGCCGAGAAGUUCAGACCAGACAUGAGGAUGCUCUCCUCACCAAAAUACUCCUUGUACGAGGUUCAUGUCAGUGGCGAAGAGCGUCAGCUGGACCUGGACGAGAAGCCUCUUGUUGUGCAGCUGAACUGGAACAAAGACGACAGAGAAGGACGCUUUGUCCUGAAGAAUGAGAAUGAUGUCCUGCCCAAGAAGAGUCAGAGUAACGGACCUGAGAAGGAGAAGGAUGGAGUGAUACAGAACUUCAAAAGGACUCUGUCCAAGAAGGAGAAGAAGAAGGAAAAGAAGAGGGACAAGGAGUUUGCCCGGAUCCCUUAUGGAGAUGAGCCGACACUGAGCCGCGAGGAUGGGGAAAACCUGGCAGCAGAGGUUUACAAAGACAUGCCGGAGACCAGCUUUACAAGGACAAUCUCCAACCCGGAGGUGGUGAUGAAGAGACGACGGCAGCAGAAACUGGAGAAACGCAUGCAGGAGUUCAUGAGCAGCGAUGGGAGGCCAGACUCGGGAGGCACUUUAAGGAUAUACGCCGACAGUCUGAAGCCUAACAUCCCAUAUAAGACCAUCCUCCUCUCCACGAGAGACACAGCGGACUUUGCUGUGGUGGAGGCUCUGGAAAAGUAUGGGCUAGAGAAGGAGAACCCCAAGGAGUACUGCAUUGCUCGGCAAGAUGAUAAGUCAGGUAAGGAGGCGAUUCUGGAUGAUAAUGAGUGUCCACUGCAGAUCUUCAGGGAUUGGCCUGCUGACAGAGGGGCAUUAGUGUUCCAGCUGAAGAAGAGACCUCCGGACUACCAGGGGAGGAAGGGAAGGAAAGUGGAUGACAAGGGCCUCAGAGGGAAGGACAGCUCGCUGCCUCCCGAAAAACUGCCUUAUCUAGUGGAGCUCAGCCCAGGGCGAGGGAAUCACUAUGCCUACUACGCCUAUCGGCACCACGAAGACGGCUCUGACUCACGGGACAAACCAAAGCUGUACCGGCUUCAGCACAGCAUCACUGAGGUCGGCUCAGACUGCACAGAGGACGGCGCCAUCCAGCUGCUCGGUCCAGGGAUUUUGCCCCACCACUGCAACCUCAUGCACAGCGAAGGCAUGGUGACCGUGACGCCGCACGGCCCCGACGCAGACACGUUUGUAGACGGGCAGCGCAUCACCGAGACAACGGUGCUGCGUUCGGGCUCCACCAUCCAGUUCGGUUCUGCUCACGUCUUCAAGUUCGUGGACCCGAUGUUCGACCAGGGAGGGAAGAGGGAACCGGGCAUUCCGAGGAGCAGGCACAAGUCUGGCAGCGUACCAGAAACCACCUUCGACCUUCACGGAGACGUCCACAUUGUAGCAGCCCUGCCUACCAGCAAGAGCUCAGGAAAGCUGGAGAUGGAGAGAGGAAUGGUCAAACCCAUGAUCAGAGGAGAGCAGCAGGACAGCAGGUCUCAGGACGUUUCAGCAGACAGAGCGGAGCUGACUCUUCCAGCCAGCAUCGAGUUCAGAGACAACUCUGAAGACACCUUCCUCUCUGCCAUCAUCAACUACACCAACAGCUCCACAGUUCACUUCAAACUCUCGCCCACUUAUGUCCUGUACAUGGCCUGCCGCUACGUCCUGUCGCCCACAUACCGGCCUGACAUGUCGCCUUCAGAGAGGACGCACAAGGUCAUCGCCAUCGUCAACAAGAUGGUGAGCAUGAUGGAAGGAGUCAUCCAGGAGAUUGCUGAAGGGGAUCAGAAGCAGAAGAAUAUCGCAGGAGCACUGGCUUUCUGGAUGGCCAACGCGUCCGAGCUGCUCAAUUUCAUCAAACAGGAUCGAGACCUGAGUCGCAUCACGCUGGAUGCCCAGGACAUCCUCGCCCAUCUGGUCCAGAUGGCCUUCAAGUACCUGGUCCACUGUCUUCAGGCUGAUCUGAACAACUACAUGCCUGCCUUCCUGGAUGACCCCGAGGAACAUAAUCCACAGAGACCAAAGAUCGAGGACGUCCUGCACACGCUGACGGGGGCGAUGUCGUUACUGCGGAGGUGUCGAGUCAACGCCGCUCUGACCAUCCAGCUCUUCUCGCAGCUCUUCCACUUCAUCAAUAUGUGGCUGUUCAACAAGCUGGUGACCGAUACCGGUUCGGGGCUGUGCUGUCACUACUGGGGCGCCAUCCUCCGGCAGCAGCUGAGCCACAUCGAGGCCUGGGCUGAGAAGCAGGGUCUGGAGCUUGCUGCUGACUGCCACCUCAGUCGAAUUGUACAGGCCACCACCCUGCUGACCAUGGACAAAUACUCCAUGCAGGAUGUGCAGAACAUCAAUAACACUUGCUUCAAGCUCAACUCCCUGCAGCUCCACGCCCUCAUGACCAACUAUCACUGUGCCCCCGAUGAGCCGUACAUCCCGCCUGAACUGAUAGACCACGUGGUGGCAGUGGCGGAAAACACAGCAGAUGAGCUGGCGAGGAGUGACGGCAGAGAGGUUCAGCUGGAGGAGGAUCCAGACCUCCAGCUGCCCUUCCUCCUCCCUGAGGAUGGCUACUCCUGCGACGUGGUGCGCAGCCUCCCCAAUGGCCUGCAGGACUUCCUGGAUCCUCUGCUGCAGAGAGGUUUUUGUAGAUUAACGCCGCAUCCACGGUCGCCCGGCACCUGGACCGUCCACUUUGAAGGAGCUGAUUGCGACAGCCACUUCUCCGCUGCUGACAACUCUGAAAUGCCAAUGAGGAAAGAGCCCGAGGUUGUCACAGUAACCCUGAAGAAGCACAACGGCAUGGGCCUCAGCAUUGUGGCUGCCAAGGGUGCUGGUCAGGAGAAGCUGGGCAUCUACAUCAAGUCUGUUGUCAAAGGCGGAGCAGCUGAUAUGGAUGGUCGUUUGGCAGCAGGUGACCAGUUGUUGAGUGUUGAUGGGCGGAGUCUGGUCGGCCUAUCACAAGAGAGGGCGGCAGAGCUGAUGACGAGGACGGGCUCAGUCGUGACUCUGGAGGUCGCCAAGCAGGGAGCCAUUUACCACGGACUGGCCACCCUCCUCAACCAGCCGAGCCCAAUGAUGCCAAGAGCGACAGACCGAAACCGUGAGAAGACCGGGAAAAUGCGACCAAAGAGCGAAGGCUUCGAGCUGUACAACAGCUCUGUGCAGAACGGCUCUCCUGAGAGCCCCCAGCCCGGCUGGGACUCUUACCCCGAACCAAAGAAGAUGAGCGGUGAAGAUCGGCUCCUCAAGAACCGAGCCGACCACCGGUCCAGCCCCAACGUAGCCAAUCAGGGCCAGAGUCCUGCAAACAAAUCCGUAUACCCCGGAGGACCUGGCACUAAGAUCACCUCCGUCUCUACCGGGAACCUGUGUGCAGACGACGAGCCCUCCCCUCCCCGUCCAGAGGCCUACCCCAUCCCAACCCAGACAUACCCCAGGGAGUACUUCACCAUCCCAGCCUCCAAGAGCCAGGAUCGGGUGGUGGGACCAGGGCAGCAGGGGCCCGCACCGCAUUGGCAGGGAAUGGAGGACAGAGAUCGCCUCCCCAUGGCUGAUAACAUCCACAACAGCAUGCAGCGGAUUAACCACUCUCAGGAGGAGUUGUACCCGCCGCCAGGAGGCAUGAGGCCAGACGAGCGAAUGCAGCCCCACUACCAGCACCGGGACCUGGACUACCCACACAGAGAGCUCGACUACCAGAGAGGUCCACCAGGAGGUGUGGGAGGGCCUGACCUCUGGGCUCCACAGCAGCAGGUGUCCUCCUCACUGGAGUCAUCAACAUCAAGCCAGGAGCAUCUCAACUUUUCCGCAUCGUCCUCUUCAUCAAACAAGACCCAGAACCAGAAGACCGGCCCAGGCCGAUGGAAGACCCCCAACACCCCUCACGUUGCGCCGCCGCAUUCGGCGCAGCCGCCAUCCCGCUCUGACCUGCCCCCUCCUCCACCCCCGCCUCCAGCGGCUUACCCAGACAGCUAUGACACGCAGCCAGAACUGCCGCUUCCGCCACCUCCGGCUGCUGCCAACCCGCUAACGGCUCAGCAAGCUGCUGACCGCAAGAAGCGAGAGGAGCAGCAGCGCUGGUAUGAGAAAGAGAAAGCUCGACUGGAGGAAGAGAGGGAGAGGAAGAGGAGGGAGCAGGAGAGGAAGUUGGGUCAGAUCCGGGCCAAUCCCGUCAUGCCCGUCCAGCCUCACAAUGGAGGAACCAUGCCUCCUCCUCCUCACCACCAGCCCACUAUGGCCUCCAUGGCCCCACCCCAGCCUUACCACCCCCCACAGUCUCAGCCUCCCCCAUCCAGACCAGAGAAGCUGGCCAGUCUGCCGCGGUCUGUUGUACCUCCCCCUGUCAGUGCCUCCAACCCUGCUGGCAUGGACACAGUGAUCAGGGAGCUGCUUCCACAGCAGCAGCCGAGGACCAUCGAGAGGCGAGACCUGCAGUACAUCACCAUCAGCAAGGAGGAGUUGACGUCCAGCGACAGCCUCUCUCCGGAUCCUUGGAAGAGAGACGCCCGGGAGAAGGCCGAGAAGCAGCAGCAGCUUCACAUUGUGGAUCUUCUGGACAAAGAAAUCCAGGAGCUCCAGGCAAAGCCGGAGCGAACGGCUGAAGAAAGCGACCGCCUCAGGAAGCUGAUGCUGGAGUGGCAGUUCCAGAAACGACUGCAGGAGUCCAAGCAGAGCGACGAUGAAGAGGAUGAGGAGGAUGAUGAAGAUGUGGACACCGUGAUGAUCAUGCAGAGGCUGGAGGCGGAGAAGAGAGCCAGGCAGCAGACUGCUGUCCCAGCUAUCUCUGUUCUAGACUUGUUGCAGGACGAGGAGCGCCGGCGUAAGCAGCAGCUGGAGGAGAUUCGUAAGCGGGAGGCAGAGGAGCGAGCGAAGCAGGAGGAGGAGAGGAGGUGGAGGGAGGAGGAGAGAGCCAAGCGAGAGGCCGAGGAGAAGAGGAGACAGGAGGAGGAGUACUACACUCGCCUGGAGGCCGAGCGGCGCCGGCAGCAUGAGGAGGCGGAGAGAAAGCUGCUGACGCCUGAUGACCCGGCCGGUCUGUAUCGGCCCCCUCUUCCAUGGGAUUACCAACCCCCAACCCCCCAAAACCCUACUAACACCCCCCCGCCCCCACCACAGAGAAACACCUCCUACCUCAAAACCCAGGUCACCUCCCCCGACACGCUCUACACCGCCAAGUUUGUCACCUACACGGGCGAUGAGGAAGACGAGGAGGAAGCCACCAAAGCAGGGAGUGGCGGCGGCGGCCAAUCAGGAUUUAACUCGUACACUGGAAACUCAUCAGGAGUUGUAGGAUCAGGAGAAGUCUACAAGGACCCAAGAGACAAAUGGACGAAGAGUCAGGAGCAGGAGAACUCGAUCCCCAGCGACGCUCCGGAGAGUCUGACCUUCAAGGAGCGCCAGCGCCUCUUCUCUCAGGGAAAGGAGGUUUCCAACAAGGUCAAGGCUUCUCGUAAACUCAUGGAGCUGGAGAACGAGCUCAACACCAAGCAGUAGACCCGAGCCUUCCACCUCCCAGCGCCACCUUAACGCCAACGCCACCGUGAUAAGGUGCUCCUGGGGGCCAAAAAAAAAAAAAAUAUCCGGGUCGAGAGAGCCGGCGCUUGCUUCCCUAACACUGACCGUCUCCUCUUGUUUGUGGUGUUUUCCUCUCCUUUUUUUUUUUUUUAAUUAUUUUUUUAUUUUAAUCAUCAAAUAACUGGACCAGUCACUUUUUUUUUGUUUUUGACGUAGCAAUAUCAACAGGAGAGACAUUAAAUCUUCCCCUUCGUUAAAGCCUGUUAAAGAUAUAUAAUGAUGAAGCACUGUUAAAAAAGUUUGAAUUAUAUCUAGAAAGGGUUUGAGAAUCACACGACAAAGGGGGAUAUAUUUUUGUUUGUAUUUUUUUUUUCGGGGGGGGCGAGGGAUGGAGAGAGGUUUAUCCUCAUUUUAAUUGUUUAUUUUUUUUAAUAGCUUAAAUGAAAUUUGAACAGUUUUACGGUGUUUUAUGCUUUUUUUUUUUUUUUUUCCUGAAUCAUGUUUUUCACUCUUAAUCCCUUCUUGCAGCUGGAACACACGAGGUUGAGCUCUUUAAUUUUAUGUAUUUUUUUAAAUUAAAUUCUCAGCGAGUGGAAACACUGUCAUUUCAUUCCGUAGCGAGAAAGCGUGGGAUAUCUUUUUCUUUCUGUGAUGUUUUAGUUAAACUCUGAAAAGGUUCUCCAGGAAGGCUCUUUAAGUGCACAACAUUACUGUAAAUACUCGGGUCCACUCACUCUUUUACUACUGUAGAAACCUGCCAGGAAACUAAAAAUCUGCAAAACUAAUGUGAUUUAACAGCCCCUCCCCUCCCCUCGCUCUCAGCGGAGUCACAUUUUUACCCGUUUCCCCCCCUCCUAACCUCUAAUUUUAUUUCCUUUUAAACAGAAUAGUCGUGUGAGAUUAAUUUGACUGAUUGCACCCUAAAUUCAAGCCAGAUAAAGGAACCUUUUUUUCUUUUCAUCCACAAUGUGAUUGUUGGUUUUCACAGUAAUAUUAAUAAUAUAAAAAAACAAUAAAAAAAAAAAGAAUUACAGCUACUCUUUUAAGUGCUUGUUUGCUUUACAGAUAUUUAUUUCAAACCUUGUGGAAAAACUUGCACAAUGACUUGUUUUUAAUAUUAAAUAUGUAUCUGCAAACUGUUCUGAGAUUACAUUUGGGAACUCUGGUGGUGAUGAUGAUAAUAUUAAUAAUCUGUGUUUUUCCUGCUUUAGAGACAGAAGUGUUCUGUUUUUACACCAGCUGUAGUCUGAGGGAUCCAGAUGUUUUCCAACAUGACAGAAUUGUGAUUGUACAAAUACACACACACACAAGUUCAGUCUGCAUAAAUCACUCACCACCACUGCUGAUGUAGAAAACAAACGCACUUCAAACCCCCCCUCCAGUGUCCCCACCUACACCCCCGAGUCAAAAAGGAAACUCAGACUCAUGAAUUUCAGAUGUAUCUCUCCCCGGCAGUUUGUUUGAGUGACUCCAUCCUGUGUGUGGGCUUAUUUUCUUUUCUCAACAGGAGCCUCUGAUAAGACACGACGAGAUAAAGACGCUGUUAGAACAACUGACCUGUAAAAACACUACAAGAUGUCCCCCCCCCCCCCCCCC